CGGGCGGCGACUACAAGUCCCGGCAAGCUGCGCUGUCGCUCCGCCUCUCCCCCUUCCCCGCCGCCCCCGGGGGAAGAGGAAGACGCGCUGCGGCGGGCAGCGGCCCGAGGGUAAUGGAGUCCUACGACUCUGCCACCGUUCCCGAGAGUAAGUCGUCGGUUUCCGAAAGCGAGGACGAGAUUGAGUUUGUUGGAGAAGGACCCUUAAGACCUGUACUUGAAUGCAUUGAUCUUGUCAGUAGUGAAGAUGAAGAACCUAAUGGCAGUUCUUACGAUCAUAGAAAUGCUAGGCGUAAAGAUCACGUUGACUAUCAGAAAGAAAGAGUUGCAUCAACACUGGAUCGUCUGGCACGCCAUGUUGAAGUGGAGAAACAGCAAAAGGAAGAGAAAAACAAAGCCUUUAAGGAAAAAGUUGAUUCCCAGUAUGCUCACGGGUUGCAGGAACUAGAAUUUAUUCGGGAACACAGUGACACAGAAGCAGCAAGAUUAUGCGUGGACCAGUGGUUAAAAAUGCCGGGUCUCAAACCAGGCACUGUUAACAGUGGAAGGAGGGGGGCUUAUCAGCGAGGAGGUCAGACACAAGUCAACAGCAGUCCCAUUUCUUGUCCUGUGAUGCAUUGCAACAGAAAUUUUGAUAAUGGGCAUCUUCUCCUAGGCCACCUGAAAAGGUUUGAUCACUCUCCUUGUGACCCAACAGUCACAUUACAUGGACCCCCAAAUAAUGCUGUUGCCUGUGUGAUAUGCUGCAAAAGAUUUUCAACCUUACAGCAGUACACUGAUCAUCUUUUAUCUAAGCUAAACGAAAAUGAUGGACAUAAAAAAGAUCUCCCUCCACAGCAUAUUCAGUGUUUUGCAUGCCCACAGUGCUUCCUCCUCUUCACCAAAAGAGAUGAAUGCUUGCAGCAUAUGUCAGGAAAGAAGCACUUCCUCCAGGUUUAUAAAUUGCUUGAAGAAACGAAGGAUGGCCUUCCUCUACCUUUCCCAUCAUAUGCAAAGAAACUGCUGAUAUCUCUCUGCAAAGAGGUCCCCUUCCAAGUGAAGUGUAUAUCCUGCUCCCAGAUACUACGCUCACACAUGGAAUUAACAGCUCAUUUCAGAACACGUUGUCGUAAUUCUGGCCCCAUGACGCUAUCCAAGAAGAGCAUCUCCCAGAUAGCAGAGGUAUUUAAGACAAAAGGUCACUGUGAGAGCUGUGAUAAGCUGCUUGCUGAUGAGAAGCAGAUCAACCAGCAUACACAGAGCACUCAGCAUAACGUUAAAGUUCAUACUACAAUGGAAGAGUCCAUCUUGAUGUUCUGUCACAUCAAUGAAAAAAAUAAAGACUCAUCUCAUUUGACCCAUACUAUGGAUCGAUCAAGAACAUUGCUCAAGAGACAUUUGACAUCAAAUGAAUCAACCAAUGAAAGUGGUUCUCCUUCAAAACGGAGGAGUGAACUACAAGAUAAGAAUGAAGAUAUCAUAGGAAACCAAAGUCAUCGUGAUGCUAGCAAGGUAAAAGCCUGGUUUUGUGAAUGCCUUCGGAAGUUUUUUACGGAAGAGGCAGUAGAAAACCACAUGUUGUCAGCAAAUAGGAUCUGUCACAAGUGUGCUGUGUGUGGAAAGCUUGCUGAAAAUUCAAGCAUUAUCCACCUGCACAUGAGCCGAUUCCAUGGGGGAGCACACUUGACCAACUUCCUUUUCUGGUGCAGAGCAUGCUCUGUAGAUCUCCUCAAAGAAAAGGAUAUUAUGAGGCAUGUGACUGAAUGUCAUGGUGGACAUAGUUACUAUUACGAGCAAGAAGCUUUAGCAGAUGAACCUAUGCCAUCAGUUUCUGACACCGCAUGCAUUUACACGAGUGAAAGGAAAGACUGCACUCCUAGUCCUGUGGAGCUCUCCCCUGAAAAAAGCCCUAUUCUGGGAAAAUGGCAAUGCCGCAUUUGCGAGGAGAUGUUUGAAUCUGAAGACAGUGUUAAACAGCAUUGCAUGUCCCUAGAAAGCCAUGCGUUUCACAGGUAUUGCUGUGGGUUAUGCAAAAGCCACUUUCGGAAAGUAGGAACACUGCAGCGACACUUCCAAGAGCAUCAUAAGGAAGAGACACAAAUUAAAUUCUUCUGUGGCCUUUGUGGUAAUCUCUUUUUUGACAAAGAGGAAGAAUUUCUAAUCCAUUAUAAAGAGCUUCAUAGCAUGGACUAUGCGUUUGUGCCUGAACAGAUGGAAAUAUCAAUAAAAGAAGAUAAUGACUUCCUCCCAGUAGAAAAAGGAGACCGUUUAACCUGUGGCUGCCGGACCAGUUACGUUUCCAAAAUAAACAGGAGGAACGACUAUAUGAAUUGUCAGAAAGCCAUGCUGCAGAAAGGAAACUUAUGGUUUCGCUGUUGCUUCUGUUCCAAAACUGCACAGAACGUUGCCGAUCUGAACAGUCACCUCAACUGCCACGCAUCAGUGAAAAGUAAGCAAGAGAUGUAUGUUGUUAGAUGUGCUGCGUGCAACAAAAACUUUGACGAUCUUCAGAGUGCACAUCAACACUACCACGUGAAGCACUGCUUCUUGCAGAAACCUGAUAUAUCAGGUUUAACACCGGAAGUGGAAAACACAGUAUUCAAGUUCACAGCAAGUGGGGCUUGUGUGGACAAAAAGCCCCAUGAAGCAAAAUUGCAUGCAUAUCCAUCCAAGACUCUGGAAAAAACAGAGUCUCCUCCUCUGCAGGGACCACUCCAUGUAAAGAAAGAAAAAAAAGAAAACUCUGCACACUGUGAAGAGCCUGGUGAAGACAGUGAACUUCCUGAUCUUGACUACUUGAGUACCAUGACUCACAUUGUGUUGGUGGAUCUGGACAACUGGGGAAGCUUAUUCACACAGCUGCCAGCUAACCUAAACCAAGGGACGUUUAUCUGGGGCUUUCAAGGAGGACACAGCAACUGGAAACCUCCAGUGCAGUGCAGAAUUUAUAAUUAUCUUAAGAGGAUUGGAUGUUUCUUCCUUCAUCCACGUUGUGGUACCAGAAGAGAGGCAGCAGACUUUGCUCUCUGUGUUCAUGCUGGUCGUCUGGAUGAGCACUUGCCCAAGCAAAUUCCUUUCACUAUACUUUCUGGAGACAAAAGCUUCCUGGAACUGGAAACUCAGUUUAAGAUGACUCAGCGGUCAGCUCGCAUCCUAAAUCCCCACCACAUUGAAGGAGACAUGAUGUGUGCCUUGCUAAACAGCAUUUCAGAUACCACAAAAGAUAGCGAAGAGGAUGAAGAUAUGGAACUGACAGUGAAAAGGAGCUUAGAAGAAAAAAAGAAACAGGAAGGAUGUUUAAUUCACUAACCCCAAACAAUUACUGCCUAAGACAACCUAAAGAGGAAGAUGCAGAAUUAGAAGAAGCUAUUAAGAGAAGCCUUGAGGAGAUGUAAAUGAAGAUACUUCCAUACACUAACACCGUGUCAUCAAAGCUGCUCACAAAAAUGGAAGCUUGUUCAUCUAUUUACAGAGGUUAAGAAAUACUGCUUCAAAAACAUGUCUGUAUCUUGAAUUGUUAGAUUUAUAAUCUUACGUUCUCUGUCGUGCUGAUGAACAGCUGGAGUUUAUGGAUAUCUGCUGCAAUAUAUUGUGUAUGAUAAGAAUAAAUUUUUAAGUCUUUUCAUUUUCUGUUUCUGGUGGGUGAUGACUAAGUCUCACCAGUCCAGCUGUAUAAGUUGUUGCCUAAUUAGUAGGCUGGUUCUUACUAUGUGUUUUGGUUUUUGUUUUGUUUUUUAAUUAUUAAUGGGUUCUGGUAUUUAAUUCUUCUGUCACAAAAUGUCAUCGUCUUCAUUUACUUUUCCAUGUGGUCUUUGCAACAGAUACAAGUAGUAAGCUCCAGUUAUCUCGGACUGACUUGCCUAGCUGAUCUUGUUAUAAAGAGAAGCUUAGUCCCCAGAUUUAUGAAUUGAACAUAUGGUCUGACUCUUGUCUGUGGACAGUCUUGCCUGAUCACAAUUUUGUCUAUGGACUGUUUGCUGCAAAAUCAGGACCACGGACUGUACAGUUAGUUUCUGUUGGCUUUAUUUUUAUAAAUGUGUGUAUUUUUCAAUGAUAGCAUGGUCGAGUGCUGGCUUUGAUGGCUUAAAGUUUGACAGGUUUGAUACCUCUCCAUGAUUUAAGGAAGAUCUAAGUGGACAGAAGCUGAAUAAAAUUUCCAGUUCCUGUUUGAAAUAGAUGUGAAAGAACUUAAGACGAAUCAUUCCUAUACACUGGUUGUCUUUGCACCUUUCUGUUCAUGAAGAGAUGGCCUUGGAUAAAGUAAUUGUGUUCAUUAUUUUUGUACUGGCCUUAUUUCUAGGUGAAUAAUUCUUUCCAUGUCUAAAAUUAAGCUGUCUGUGCCACAUUUCUCAUUUCCUCCUUUAAAAAUACCUAUGCAAGCUGUCCAGCUUUAUGAGCUUAUUCUACUCCAAUGAAUGAUUGUUGUCAAUCAGUAAGAAACCUUGAUGUAAUAAAAUGCCACCUUUUUUUUUAUUCAUUA